CGCUCUUUACACCUCUUUGUGGUGCCUGUUUUCUUGUAGGCUGUAGCACACUAAAACACCCACUCACCCAAAACUCUGCUAAACUUUCCAUAAACAGUCUUAAAUUCUUACCAAAAUUCCAAGCAUUUACUCAUUUUAACUACUAUCCCAUCAUUAAGUACCCAAAUCUCUGUUUUUUUCUACUACUUGCCUCAAUUUUACACCAUUUUUUCACAAACUAAACUGUUUUAGAGCAUUCUCAUUACCUUCAUUUCUUCUCAUGCACUCCUGAAAUAAGAUUGUGGUGAGGGUUUGUUGAAUUUUUGAUGGAUUCACCAUCAAAUGCACAAGAAAUGGAUUGUAGUUCUACAGAGGGAACUCUUCUGGCUUUGUUGGAUUUCCUGGUUGAACCAUUGCUGCCUUCCAGACCAUUAUCAAGGGAGAGUAUUUCUGCUUUGCAACAUGAAUCAGUUUCUAAGCAGGUACAUGCAGUAGUUUUGCUGUACAAUUAUUACCAUCGGAAACAACAUCCGGAACUGGCAUUUUUGGAUUUUCAAUCUUUCUGCAAGUUGUCUAUGGGUCUAAAACCAAAUCUCCAACUAUACUUUAGACGUAUGCAAAUGACAGACAAUGCCGAGUUAGAUGAAACAGACGAAGAUCUGUCGUUAACCGAGAAAGCAAUUAUGAAUGCUUGUGACACAUCUAUAAGUUUAGAUGCAUCAAUUGACAAUCCGGUCAUUGUUGGUUGGCCUGUUACCAGGGUUGCUGUUUUCUUAGUUGAUUCUAGAAAAGAAAAUUGCUAUUUGUGCCAUAGUGCCAUGACCCAGGGGGUAUUGUCACUAAUUGAGAAAGAGGUGGAUGAUCUAGGACCUGCAAACAAAAAGAUACGAGUCAUAAAGAAGUCACUAAACGAGAAUCAAAGUGCUGAUGGAAGCUGUAUUCAGCAGUUUGCGUACGAAGCUGUCAAAGAAACAUGUGGAAUUGAUCAGGGUGCUCUUAAAAUAUUGGAGAAGCACUUGGUGUAUUCUACAAGCAAAGCAAAGACAGCUGUUUGCUUAUACAUAAUCCAAUGUAGGAAAGCCAACCUAGCAGCACAAUUUGUUCCAAUAAAUGAUGUCAUGGAUAGUCUGCAAGGACCUGUGGUUAAAAUGGAGUCUCAUACACCUGUUGUCGAAUACUUUCAUUUGCUUCCGUUUGCUGAUAAACUGUCAGGCUGGCUGAUGAGGGAAAUGUCCAAGAGUUCUUUUGAUUGUCCUGACGCUCCUUUAGAGGAGGAACCACUCAGCAUGUCUGAACAAAAGUUCACUAUUGACCAUGCAACAGAGCACCCAUUUGUGAACAUUAUUGAGCCAUGUGAAGCAACUGACACUACAAAUGGAAAUAACGGUCGUUUCGAAAAGGAAUCCAUUCUAGAUGCCUCAAAAAAUUCUGAAGAUAUAAAUAUAAGAAAUGGUGAUCUUUUGGCUUCUGAAACCACAGAGAAGCUUAGAAAUAGCAAUAGAUCUAGCUUGAAGAAGGAUUCCUUAUAUGCUUCACGACCUUCUGAAGCACCGGCAGAUAAGAAUGUGGUUAGAUUCCAUUUAGAUGAGCAACCGUGUCCAUACACCUCAGACCACCCUGAAGCAAAAAAGGUGGAAAUCAAUAGUUCUUAUCGCCGAAGAGAGGACCCUGUUGUGCAAGCAGUAUAUAAGAAAAGAUAUAAAUCGCCAAAUAGCUGCGGGAAAUGUCCAGGUAACAGAGCAAGCAAUGGCCGUACAGAUCAUCCAAGACAGGAGAAUGAUGAAGCUGCAUCGACUGGAGGUGCGGUUGCCGUGGUAAAGUCCAAGGUAGAUUUUCCUCGCAGAAGCUCUAAUGAGUGUGAUGUUGAAAAGGCUUUCUCUGAUCCCAAGGUCGCCGAUAUUGCAAUUUCAGAUGAGUUUGGAAAACAAGCUCAUGCCCUUGUUUUUUAUGAUUCUGACUUUAAGCAUAAAAUACAGCUUGCGAUUGCUUCAAAGGAAAAUUUGAUAUCAGAGACAGCACUGAAGGCUUUGUUUAAGAGGAGAGAGCAACUGACCAAGCAGUAUCGAAAUAUAGCAGAUCAAAUCGCUUUGUGUGAUAGAAACAUCCAAACUAUUUUAAGUGGUGGUGAAAAUGAUUUAGCUGUGAAAAUAGACACCAUUGUGGAGGCUUGUAACGAGAUGUUUCUGAGAAAUGCUGCUGCAGCAGUAGACAAUGCAGCUCCGCCUUCAAAUGACGAAGAAAUCCUCCCUAUAGUGAAAAGGAAACGACUUUCUGAAGCAAGCUUGUGUAUGCAGAAUCCUUGUCAAGAGUUGGAUGGUAUAUGCACCAAAAAUUUGUGGAUAUUACCAACUUAUAAUGUAUCAGUAUAUAAAGGUAGCUUUCAGGCUAGUGUUAUGGUGAAGGGAGUUGAUUUCGAGAGUUCGAGUAAAGGGAAUAUAUGUGAAACUCCCCAUGAGGCGAGGAACUCAGCCGCCUCAAACAUGUUGGUUAAACUGCGGAGCUUGGUAGCUACGUCAUAGUUCUUCAUUGGAAGUAAGCAAGUCGGAAAUACAAACGACAUCCUCUCAAGUGACUUCUUAUAGGGACACAUCUAUAACAAUGUAAAGCUUUUGUAGAUGUUUAGACUAACAUCUUAGGUUCAUAGAUGGGAAAGAAUCUAAAAACUUCAUCUAAAAAGGGUAGUGUAAUACUAAUACAAAUCAUGCACUAGUUUGAGUGUGAUUCUUUUGGGCUUAAAAUAGGUGUACUUAAUAGGGUAAUGCAUUAAGAUGCUUAGUAAGUAUUUUUGUAAGAAAUGCACCAACUAGUUGUUAGUAUCCUUAUGAAGAUGUUCUCUAUAUUCUAUACGAUCUUGCAUAAUCUAUAUUGUGGCUAUGGGAAACGAAACACAAUGAAAAA